UUGUGGCCACCCACAGAUACUUGUAAGGAGGAAAGAAGUCAGCUGGCCAGAGACACUGUGAAAUGAGGGAUUAGAGUCCGGGAUCCAAGAAACAAGAGCAGCAGCCAAAAGACAAGCGAACGGGCUCCGAAGGGACUUCUGUUGAGAGGUCUGCCAUGGCCUCCCUUGGCGUCCAACUGGUGGGCUACAUCCUAGGCCUUUUGGGGCUUUUAGGCACAUCGAUUGCCAUGCUGCUUCCCAACUGGCGAACGAGUUCUUAUGUUGGUGCCAGCAUUGUGACAGCGGUUGGCUUUUCCAAGGGCCUCUGGAUGGAGUGUGCUACGCACAGCACAGGCAUCACCCAGUGUGAUAUCUACAGUACACUUCUAGGACUUCCUGCUGACAUCCAAGCUGCCCAGGCCAUGAUGGUGACAUCCAGCGCAAUGUCCUCACUGGCCUGCAUUAUCUCUGUGGUGGGCAUGAGAUGCACAGUGUUCUGCCAGGAUUCUCGAGCUAAGGACAGAGUGGCUGUAGUGGGUGGAGUUUUCUUCAUCCUUGGUGGCAUCCUGGGUUUUAUCCCAGUUGCCUGGAAUCUUCAUGGCAUCCUUCGGGACUUCUACUCACCACUGGUUCCUGACAGCAUGAAAUUUGAGAUCGGAGAGGCCCUUUACUUGGGCAUUAUUUCAGCCCUCUUCUCGCUGGUAGCUGGAGUCAUCCUCUGCUUUUCCUGCUCGCCUCAGGGAAAUCGUACCAACUACUAUGACGGCUACCAGGCCCAGCCUCUUACCACAAGGAGCUCUCCAAGGCCUGGGCAACAGCCCAAAGCCAAGAAUGAGUUCAACUCCUACAGCCUGACUGGGUAUGUGUGAAGAACCAGGGGCCAGAGCUGGGGGUGGGGAGGGGUGGUGGCUGGGACUGUAAAGAAAAAGUAGCAGACAAUGCCCUGAGGGUCACAGGCAUGGUAUGUUGCCACUGAAUCAUGUGUAAGGCGCUGCUGAGGCUAGGCUGACUUUGGCCAUCGGAUGGAGUGAAGGCAGAGAUGGAGACGGGUGUGGCAGCAUGUAGGUCCAAUUGCCAAGGGCCCUCACCAAGUCAGCUUUUCUAUUUUCCUUACCCUGCCCCACCAAGGCACCUCCUGUACUUUGACUGCUCAACCCCAAACUCCAAAUCCCAUCCCUGCCACUUUUGGCUAAGCCCAGAGUUGCUCCUCUGACCUUUGGUUUACCUGGAAAUCUGUGCCCCCAACCUACUAAUCCUACUGACUGACCAUCUGUGAGCAGAAGACCCUCUCCCUCUGGCUGAGGUUGGCUCUUAACAAUUGCUGGGGGACAGAAAGAAGGAGUGGUGGCUUCUGUGAGCAUGGCUCUAGCUCCCUUCUCAAACCUCCAUCCAAAGACAUGGAUUGAUCUGUAGCAGGCCUAAGCCUCUCUCCCACUUUCAUUAUGAAUGCAGCGUGUCCAGACUGGGCUGUGAAUGAACUGAAGGAAAGACACCUCGUGACAUCCAGCAGAAAGCAACUGGGUGCAGGAUGGAAGGCAAUCUGGGACCCGCAAACCGUCGGAAUCACUUCUCAGGGCAUGUCCUCUCAUCCCCAUACCCUUGGGGAAGCAUAGCUGCAGAAAAGCCCAGGAAGAGAAUGGGAAAGCGCAAGGCUGCAGCACUCCGACUGACUCCACCGAGGAAUUGCCAAGAAGCUGCAGUUAACAACUACUACCAAAGCCUCUGCCUCCCUCUGGGGUGUCUGACCUAGCCUCCUGGCUAAACCACAAGACUUGGAGCUCUAGACAAAGGUUUCCUUGGGAACAACAAACCAGUUUUUCUAGAACUGCCCUUCAACAUGCGAACUGCAGAGGACUAAGAAAGAUACUACUCUUUAACCCUGGCCAAGAAAGAAUAAGGACUUUGGUAUCCGAGAAGCUGGGUGAACAUGUAUGGUGGCUGUGUGUGCCCCUACUGUUUCAGAGAGGCAGCCCUACCAGAACCUUCAGACUUAAUGGAAAAACAACCUCUUGGGUCUAUACUCAGAGCCCUACAGUGCCUCCGAAAGACCACAGCACCAGAUAGGUCAUUGGUCACUUUGGAUCCUCUGUCAUCGCCCUUCAGGAGGUAUUUUGGCCGGUAUGCAAGGUCCCCAGUGUGGCACAUCUGUUUAUGACCUGAGUGACAGGCAGACUGCUGCCUGGGAUUGUGCUCCAAGUGGGAGAACAGAGAACGGUUCUCAGCCCAACGGUUUCACUAUCAAGGUCUUAAAAUGCUCCGUUUCCUCUAUGAUGCGUGGGGAUCAGAAACAAGAGACUUUUUUCCCCCACCAGCCUAAUAUCACCAGCUUCAGAAGAUGUCCAUCACACCUCGUCAAAACUUCAGUGCCAGCAAGGGAGGCCUGUACGUGAGGUUUCCUCUAACAUGCCUUUCCUAUUUCCACCAUGUUCAAGCUGGUUUACCGACCUGGAAGCCAUUUCCUCUUUACUAAGUCAUUCCCAUGCUUGGAGAACUUGCUCAUCAUCACCUCCUUCGAGACUUCUCAGACCACUCCUUUCUGCUCUUACCUCUCCCUCCUCCAACUCCCAAUAUAUAAAUCACUUAAUGCUUAUUAGUCAUAAUUUUGAUUGAUAGUUCUCGUAUGUGCACGUGUGUGUGUGUGUGUGUGUGUGUGUGUGUGUGUGUGUGUGUGUGUGUGUGUCUAUCUGUCUGUCUGUCUGUGUGAUCUCAAAAGUUCACUGUAAGUACUUGGAGGGCAGUUGUCAUAUCUUA